UGCUCAGCCUUCUAUUUGGCAAAAAGUAUCUAACUACUAUGGCGCUAUACAAAAAGUGAUAUUAUUUCGGAUUAAAUGCUUCGAUGUGUAUGUACAUUUUAAACCGUGAGCUUUAAUGAACAACGACGCUGGUAAUCCUAUGGCUGCUAUCAGUAGUAAUAGCACAAUUACAACAACCGUUGCCAACAAACUCUAUAGUAUACGGAAGAUUACUACCAAUUCCAGUGCAGCAAAGGAAGAUUAUAUUUUUAAUCUGCCCAACGUUUGGGAAGGUUUCAGUAACGUUGCAGUCAGUAGAGAUGUAUACGAGAUGCUGUUUAAUAAUACCCCUGCUAAUAAUAAUACUCAAAAUUCAUCAUUGCUGGAUACUAGUAUUAUAAAUGCCACCGAAAUACCUUACGUACCAUAUGGUUUACGUCCGGAAACUUAUAUUGUCCCCAUUUUGUUUGCUUUGAUAUUCAUCAUUGGCGUUCUGGGAAACGGUACACUAAUUGUUGUCUUCCUAACAGUGCGGCAAAUGCGUAACGUACCCAAUACUUAUAUAUUUUCUCUGGCAUUAGCUGAUCUCUUAGUUAUUGUCACCACGGUACCAUUAACUUCAACAGUUUAUACUGUGGAAUCUUGGCCUUGGGGUAGUUUUUUGUGCACAUUAUCGGAAUUCUUUAAAGAUGUCUCAAUCGGCGUAUCAGUAUUCACAUUGACAGCUUUAUCCGGGGAUCGUUAUUUUGCUAUAGUUGAUCCUUUUAGGAAAUUCCACGCCCAUGGAUGUAGUAAAGGAGCUACGCGUAUUACAAUUGCUAUAGCAAUAUCGAUAUGGAUUUUGGCUAUUAUCUGUGGCUUACCUGCUCUAAUUACUACACAUAUUAAGUCCUUCUACAUCAAUAGCAACAAAUCCUUCUCGACAUGUUAUCCGUUUCCUGAAGAGUGGGGCCAAGAUUAUGCUAAAACAAUGAUUUUAUUACGUUUUCUAGUUUACUAUGCCGUACCGCUCAUUAUAAUUAGUGUUUUUUAUGUGCUCAUAGCACGUCAUCUUAUGUUUACCGCUCAUGUGCCGGGUGAAAUGCAAGGUGCUGUCAGACAGAUACGUGCGAGACGUAAAGUGGCAUUAACUGUCUUAGCAUUUGUAGUGAUAUUUGGCGUUUGUUUUCUGCCAAUACAUGUUUCCAUGUUAUGGUUUUAUUAUUGGCCGACAGCUCAACGAGACUACAAUACAUUUUGGCAUGUUUUACGUAUAAUGGGUUUCUGUUUAUCUUUCGCCAACAGUUGCGCUAAUCCGGUGGCUUUAUAUUUGGUUAGCGGAGCAUUUCGUAAACAUUUUAAUAGAUACUUGUGCUGUCAGGACAAUUGCUCUCGAAAUAUCGUACACAAGGAUAACACCAUGUGCAUGCAUCGCAAUACAACGCUAACGAGUACAACAUCCAAAAGAUACUAUCAUUCAAGUUUGUCGCGUUUAUCGCGCAGCACUAUUAGAAGUCGCCUUCAGGAAACGGCUAUAACAACGGUACCUAAUGGUAAUCAUAAUCAUAGUGGCGGCAACGGUGUAAUUAACGCAAAAAAUGUUCAAGGGGACAUGAUUGAUGUGGCUUUGACAAGUGCUCGCUGCCAGCAACAUCAGCAUCAGCAUGAAUUCAUGUGAGAUUUUUAUGAAGAGCUAUUAGAUAACAAAAAUGUGUUCGAAGUAACUGAAUACACCGCGCCGCCGUACACCAUAAUAAAUCUAUAAAGAUGAACCAGCAGCCGAUUGGACAUUAAUCAACAUUAAAAUAUAAUGAACAAAAAAAAAAAAAAAAAAACAAAGAGAAGAAAAUUUACAUUUGAAAUGUUAUCGUAUUAUUAGCAUCUACGAAAGUUGACAGAAAGCAUCAACCACACUUGAAACUAGUUAAAGGUAUAAAAGUAUAAUUAAGCAUAGAGCCGAUAGCCUGUGUUGCUAGUGCUCAAUGUCUUUU